AUGAAAACAUCUCGUUCAGCUAUAUUAUAUCACUGGAAUAACGGCGAACGAUCUCCUGAAACAAUUGCUCGUAUGACAAAGAUUCCACUUCAAACUAUUAAAUAUAAUAUUGCCAAGAUCAAAGAACAAGGUACAAUCGAGGACAUAUUGCGUUCUGAUCGACCUUGUAAAAUGACAGCUAAUGGUAACCUAGCGCUGGGCCAAUGGAUUCGACGGAAUAAUGAGAUAACGUCACAAGAAUUAGCAGAAAAACUACUUCGUGACCCAGAUCUGAACGUAUCCCGAUGGACCGUGCGACGUCAGCUCCAACGACUUAGCUAUAAAAGUACUUUGCCUGAAGGUGCACCAAUGUUGACUUCAGAACAAAAGGAUGCACGUGUUCAAUGA